GUACUACUUUUACAGUGUGAGUUUUCGUGUUGGUAUGCAAGACUUCUGCCAAAUGUUUUUUGCUCAUGUGCCAUUUCUCCCUCUUGGUUUCUGUUUUCCUUGUGGCUUGCUGAAAUGAACAAACAUUUGUCAGUGAUUUGCUGAGCUGCAACUAUGAUUGGUGGUAGAAGUACAUUGUAGGAUGGCUAUGUGAUAAAAAGGUCCAGUCCUUAUUUCAGGCUUCACAGUCCUAGUGCUUCAUACUUGUUGCCUAUGAUUUAGCUGCUUCUGGAAGUUAUAAAUAAAUUUCAGAAAGCUUCUUUUUUGGGGGGGGGAAGUGUUUUGACACAUCUGAUAGUUUUGGACAGAAGUUCAGUGCAUAGAACCUGUGGCUGACAUUGGACCUCUGCUACAAGCUAAGUAUUGGAUUUAACUGGCUCUAAGAUCUCUGGUUGUUGAAUAAAAUCUAGUGUUUCACACAGUGAAAUGAUGAAACGAAGAAGAGAAAGAUUUGGAGCUCCAUCUCUACGUGUCCAAAUCUCCUCUCCUUUCCUCUCCCACUGCCGAGGAAGCGAAGUCCAUCAACAUGUGUUCUCCCCUACAUCCGCUCCAGGUCUGCAACAUCUUAAAAUUCCACUUAGUGCUGAUUGUGCCCUUGCAACCUCUCCUCUAGUAUUUUACCUCAGUCCACAACCUCAGAGCAACCCUGGUAGUCCCUGCUACAGCAAUCCACUUCAGUGGAGCUGUCGAACCAGUAAUAGAAAAAGCUUGAUUGUGACCUCUAGCACAUCUCCAACUCUUCCACGACCACAUUCUCCACUUCAUGGACAUGCAGGUGGAAGUCCGUUGGACAGCCCCAGAAAUUUUUCUCCAAAUGCACCAUCUCACUUUUCCUUUGUUCCUGCCCGUAGCCAUGGACACAGGGCAGACAGGACAGAUGGGCGCCGUUGGUCCUUGGCCUCCCUCCCUUCAUCUGGAUAUGGAACCAACACUCCAAGUUCAACUGUUUCAUCAUCUUGCUCAUCUCAGGAGAAGCUACACCAGCUGCCCUAUCAACCAACAGCUGAUGAACUUCACUUUCUGACAAAGCACUUCAGCACAGAGAGCAUCACUGAUGAGGAAGGAAGGCAUUCUCCAGCAAUGCGGCCUCGAUCUCGUAGCCUGAGCCCUGGUCGUUCUCCAGUAUCCUUUGAUAGUGAAAUAGUGAUGAUGAACCAUGUAUACAAAGAAAGAUUUCCAAAGGCCACAGCCCAGAUGGAGGAACGGCUGGCUGAAUUUAUUGCAUCCAGUGCACCCGAAAAUGUGUUGCAGCUAGCAGAUGGGGUCCUAAGCUUUAUUCAUCAUCAAGUUAUUGAGUUGGCCAGAGACUGCCUGGAUAAAUCACGUGAAGGACUUAUUACUUCUCGGUACUUUUAUGAGUUGCAGGAAAACCUUGAAAAAUUGCUUCAGGAUGCUCAUGAGCGAUCAGAAAGUUCUGAUGUGGCAUUUGUUACCCAACUGGUGAAAAAGUUGAUGAUCGUCAUUGCACGACCAGCAAGGUUGCUUGAAUGUCUGGAGUUUGAUCCUGAAGAGUUCUACCAUCUGCUGGAAGCUGCUGAAGGCCAUGCCAAAGAAGGGGAAGGAAUUAAAUGUGACAUCCCUCGUUAUAUUAUAUGCCAGCUGGGCCUUACCAGGGAUCCCUUGGAGGAAAUGGCCCAGUUGAAUAGCUGUGAUAGUCCAGAUACCCCAGAGACAGAUGAUUCUGCUGAAGGAAAGAAUCGGGGAGCUACUGUGCAAGCCAAGAAAACCCCAUCAGAAGAGGAAUUUGAAACUAUUAAAUUGAUCAGUAAUGGGGCAUAUGGUGCAGUGUUCUUGGUGCGCCACAGGAGUACCCGUCAACGGUUUGCCAUGAAGAAGAUUAAUAAGCAGAACCUUAUUUUGAGGAACCAAAUUCAGCAAGCUUUUGUGGAGAGAGAUAUCCUAACUUUUGCAGAAAAUCCUUUUGUUGUCAGCAUGUUUUGCUCCUUUGAAACCAAGCGGCAUCUUUGCAUGGUCAUGGAGUAUGUAGAAGGAGGGGAUUGUGCAACUCUUUUGAAGAACAUUGGAGCAUUGCCUGUAGAUAUGGCAAGAAUGUAUUUUGCAGAAACAGUACUGGCACUAGAAUAUCUCCACAAUUAUGGCAUUGUCCACCGUGAUCUAAAGCCUGACAAUCUUCUCAUAACUUCAAUGGGUCACAUCAAGUUGACUGAUUUUGGCCUCUCCAAAAUUGGCUUAAUGAGUUUGACAACUAAUCUGUAUGAAGGUCAUAUUGAGAAAGAUACCAGAGAAUUCUUGGAUAAGCAAGUAUGUGGGACUCCAGAAUACAUUGCCCCUGAAGUAAUCUUGCGACAGGGUUAUGGAAAGCCGGUGGACUGGUGGGCCAUGGGAAUAAUACUGUAUGAAUUUCUAGUUGGUUGUGUUCCUUUUUUUGGUGACACUCCAGAAGAGUUAUUUGGGCAAGUUAUCAGUGAUGAAAUUGUCUGGCCAGAAGGAGAUGAAGCUUUACCACCAGAUGCCCAGGACUUGAUUGGUAAACUUCUACGACAAAACCCUUUAGAAAGACUGGGAACAGGUAGUGCUUUUGAGGUGAAACAACACAGGUUCUUCAAAGACUUGGACUGGAAUGGAUUACUACGGCAAAAGGCAGAAUUUAUCCCACAGUUAGAAUCAGAAGACGAUACUAGUUAUUUUGACACUCGUACUGAGCGAUAUCAGCACUUAGAUUCUGAGGAGGAGGAAGACACAAAUGAUGAUGAUCAUGUGGAAAUUAGACAGUUUUCCUCAUGUUCACCUAGAUUUAGCAAGGUAUAUAGCAGCAUGGAACGUCUUUCUAUCCAUGAAGAGAGAAAAACACCACCCCCCACCAAACGGAGCUUCAGUGAAGAAAAGGAUGACAGACUUGAUAGCCUUGUGGGCUUGAAGAGUCGAGACCGCAGCUGGGUGAUUGGAUCUCCUGAAAUACUGCGUAAACAUAUCUCAGUGUCUGAAUCCUCUCAUACAGAGAGUGACUCCAGCCCACCCCUGACUGUCCGCCGGCAUUGUUCUGGGUUUCUCGAAAUGCCUCGUUUUGCCAUUUCAGCUGAGGAAGAAGGAAAAAAGAAACAGUUGGAUGGGACAUCUUUGUCUCUGACACAACCACGGGAAUGUCUCCCUUAUCUAAUUCCAGAACAGCCUAUAAAAAGAGAACUCCAACUGGGUGAUAACGAUGGACUAAAAACUCCUUCUGCAACUGUCAGUAGUAUGAGCAGCUCAACGUUUACAGGUGGGAACACUACAGAUGUCUCAGAUCAUUGUACUCGCAGUAACAGCAGUGAAAGUCCAGACUUUAUGACUCCCAAAGCUACAAGUGAUCUGGCUGUGCGGCGAGCUCGACACCGGCUACUUUCAGGUGAUUCUGCGGAAAAGCGGACCUCACCGCGACCUGUCAAUAAAGUGAUCAAGUCAGCAUCAGCCACUGCCCUCUCCCUCUUGAUCCCCUCAGAACACCAUGCCUGUUCGCCAUUGGCUAGUCCAAUGUCACCUCAUUCUCUUUCCUCCAACCCAUCUUCAAGAGAUUCAUCUCCAAGCCGAGACUAUUCUCCUGCUGUUAUGAAUCCCAAACCGCCAAUCAUCAUCCAUCGAGCUGGGAAGAAAUAUGGUUUUACACUUCGUGCAAUUAGAGUCUACAUGGGGAACAGUGAUAUCUAUUCAGUGCACCACAUGGUUUGGCAUGUGGAAGAAGGUGGUCCUGCAAGUGAGGCUGGUCUAAGGGAAGGAGACUUGAUAACUCAUGUGAAUGGAGAGCCUGUACAUGGAUUGGUUCAUACAGAAGUGGUAGAGUUGAUCCUGAAGAGUGGAAAUAAAGUGUCAAUAUCCACUACACCUUUUGAGAACACAUCAAUCAAAGUGGGGCCAGCUCGGAAGGCCAGUUAUAAAUCGAAAAUGGCUAGAAGGAAUAAGAAAAGCAAAACAAAAGAUGGGCAGGAAAGUAAGAAGAAGAGCUCGCUAUUCAGGAAGAUUACUAAACAGGCCUCUCUGCUUCACACAAGUAGAAGUUUAUCUUCCCUCAACCGUUCUCUGUCAUCUGGGGAAAGUGUUCCUGGUUCACCUACACACAAUCUCUCUCCUCGUUCACCAACACAGAGUUACCGAUCUACUCCUGAGUCUGCACAUUUAGUUGGUGGAAACUCUUCUCAGAGCAGUUCACCUAGUUCCAGUGUUCCCAAUUCUCCAGCUAGUUCAGGGCAUAUCAGGCCCAGUUCCUUGCAUGGGCUAGCACCAAAACUUCAACGACAGUAUCGAUCUCCAAGACGUAAAUCAGCUGGAAACAUUCCUCUUUCACCACUAGCUCAUACACCUUCACCCACUCCACAAUCCACAUCACCUCAACGUUCCCCUUCUCCUUUGCCAGGACAUUCAGUCGGCAGUUCAAGCAUCAUGCAGUCUUUCCCUGUAAAGUUACAUUCCUCCCCACCUCUGGCCCGGCAGAUUUCAAGGCCGAAGAGUGCUGAACCACCAAGAUCACCUCUACUGAAAAGAGUCCAGUCAGCUGAAAAACUGACAUCUUCACUGUCUUCCUCAGAUAAAAAGCUGUCCUCUUCACGUAAGCAUAGCUUGGAUAUUUCCCAUUCUGAAUUAAAAAAGGACAUGCUCCAGAGAGAUCCAGGGCUCCAAAGUUGGCAGGAAUCAAUAAAUGAAACAUCUGGAGGUAAAGUUGGGCCAGCAGAAAAAGGGACACUCCAAAAACCUUCCCGAAAACUUGGAGCCAUUCGGCAAGAUAGGGUAGAAAGAAGGGAAUCUCUACAGAAGCAGGAGGCCAUUACAGAAGUAGAUUCUUCUGAAGAUGAAACCGAUGAAGGAUCAGAAGAUAGUCAAGAUGGGAAAAGAUUGGACAGGCCACCCUUCAUUAGAGAACACCAAUUUUGUGAUCCUUUUACUGAGGAUAUGAAGCACUGUUCCAGAUUAGAAAGCAAAGAUAGCAUGGAAGACGAUGCUUUUCUUCCUGAGGAACCAAAAAUGGGCAAUGUGCAGAAUGAGGUAAAUCAGCCACAACAAAAGGAUGUGGAAAGGGCAUUGCUGACUGGCAGAAAUGAGUCCCAGUCUGAAGUUUGUGCAAUAUCUUCCUCUAUAGGAAAACUUGAGGACUGUGAACCAACACGGCUAAUAUCAGAAUCCAAAACUGCAUCAGAGUCAAUACAAGGUAAGAAAGUUGUUGUUCAACAGGACACCUGUAUUAAAGAUGCUAAAGAUUCUAAGGAAAUACCAAUUAUCCAAAAAAGUACAGAUGGUCCAGAGCAGAUGAAGUGCCUCCCAGUGAGAUUCCUACAGCUUGGUCAAGGUGACUGCUCAGAAAUAGCAGGUGACAAAGAUAAUACAAAGGAAUCUGCUUCUGAAGAAGCCACCUAUCUAUUGUUUCAUGAUAAAAUGCCUUUGUUAGCACUUUCUUCUUCUUCUUGCACAACUAACACAAGCUCUCUUCCACUAGUAAGCCAAAUAGACUGCAAAGACACACCUCAGAAUCAGGAAUACCAGCCUAUGAAGGAGAAUGCUAGUACUGAGAAUCUGACAAACAGUGGCAAAGCUUUUGAACAAAUGUCUCCUAAAGUUGAAGAACAAGUGUUGUCAUCUAUAGUGGGAAUUUCAAAACACAGAAGUCACACAAGUGAUAAAAACCUAAGUUGUCCUACAGGUAGCACAACUUUUAUUCUUGAUGCCUCAAUUGAAAGUGGAAAAACAGUUUGUCCAGCUCAUUUGACAAGUGCAAACAGUACAUCGAGUGCAAUGGGAUUGAACAUCUCCAGCUCAAGAAAAGGAGAAAAAAAUAGAAAAGAUAAAAGUCUGUCCAAGCAAGAGGAGACACUGCUGGAAGAUCUGGAUCCAGAAUCAGCCAAAACUUUCACUAUAGGUGAUGUCAUUAAAAUGUGUGAUUCUCACAUUACAUCAGAAAGUCCAUUGUCUUGGGAGUCGGAAUGUCAGGUAAUACCAAAAGAGAAGUCACAGGCUGGUAUUUCUGAUGCUUCUGAAAUUUUGGAAGACAGAUGGCAACUACCUCCACUUGAAGAUCAAGCAGGGAAAUGGAGCAUGAGGAUUUCUUCUGGACCAGAUGAUAGUUUGAGUUCUAAAAAGGAGACUGCUUUCAUGCCAGGAAAAAUCAGUGAGGCUGGAGGUCAGUCACAAACAAAAGACUUCCUGGUGUCAAAAGCUGAUGCUGUGAAAAAGAAUAGAGCAGCAUCUCCACUCAGAAACAAAGACAACAUUAGUUGAACUCAAAUAUAAAUCAAGAAACCUGUACAUCUAUUUUUUGUAGAUUUGUGUUUCAUACACUUGCCUUUUUCAUUGCAAUUCUAUUUUUGUACAACGUUUGCCAUUUGAUCCCUCUUUACAGGGUAUCUUUAGAGCAAAAUUACCCCUCCUUUUUCUUUUAAUUUGGAGCAUCCUGUGCAUUAUCUUUUCAGUGUUUUUCUUUUUCUUUUUUUCCGCAUAAUGUCAGUGAGUUUUAUUUACCAUACAAGGCUGCUUACUUGAGAAAGAUACAUUUUGACACCAGCUCCAAAUGUUUGUCCUUAUUUCCAGAAUUUAAUUUCUUUACAUUGAUAGGGAUAAAUAAAUAAAUACUAUUUAUGGAUUCUUCUACAGUUCUUAAUGCCACUGCAUACCUUUUUUCCCUUACAUAUUGUUGUCUCCCACAACUAUCUGUGGAGGAAGGUUUGUUAGCUAAUGCAGUGGAUCAGUAUCUUUUUUAGAGGUCCACCUGAACAACUUGUCAAAACAGAUUUUGGGUUUGGGUUCUUCUCCUUCUCCAUUUUUUUUUCUUUGCCUUAAAAAUAGUAUGACACUCCAUCUUUGGGGAAUUUUUAAUGCUAGUUGCCUUACCAAUCUUACCUUGCUCAGAGCAAGCAAAUAUUUAAAAAGAGGUACAAGGUACUUCCAUUACUAUAGCUCUAAGUGAAUUAGCAGCUCCCUAGUGUAGACACUGCUGGAGAAAGUGAGCAACUGAGACCAUCCCACCCUACCUGUUGUUUGUGGCUUUAUGGCUCACAAUGGAAAUGGUUAACAUCCAGCAGGAAAGUUCUGAUUUGAUGGGAACAACUAAUGGGAAGGUACUGUGUUUAUUGGUCAGGGAAGGGCAGAGGUGAACCACUAAAAGUGAAGUAGCCCUUAUAGCUUCAGUGAGUAACUAUUUAGGGAAAAAUCUCCAGUAUCAUACAAAUGAACUAUAUUUUAUUUGUUUAAUUUACCUACUUUUCCAAAAUGCCUAUGCUUUCUUAGAAUCCUUUUGAUACUUUUUGAGAGUGCAACAUUGUUUGGUGCUUUUUUUCAAGGACAGCUAAGUCUAUAACAGUGUUUCUCAACCUCAGCAACUUUAAGAUGCGUGGAC